AUGACCGGUCCCUUCGCCCGAAACGUCAUUGGGUUCGUGAUUGACAUUAACCUUGGGAACAGAAAACUCAUCCGUUUCUCCGGCGCUAUCAUUCCGCUCUCCCUCCGUAUUACCCGGUCACACAAACCCGCAUUUCGGUUUCAGACCAUUUGCACUAUCGUACAUUGCUCUGCCCGAGGUGGAUCCACAGCCCGUCGAGAUGAUUCUAUAAUCCCGCACGCCUAUAUAAAAUUACCAGACUCUCUCCCUCUCCCUCGCCACUUGAAUCUCUCCCCCUCUACGUGA